UUCUGAAUACUCAUUCUUUCUCCUCUCUCUCUUUCCCUCACUCCUUCCUGCUUUCUCAUGCCAACGUUCUCUAUACGGGUCUUUCGACCACCAUGUGGAUUUUCUGCAUCUUGAUGCUUUCAACUUCUUCAACUUCUUUUGCAGACUCAUUCUCAUAGUCUUGUGAUUCGUGUGAUUUCUUCCAGUCAGCCAGUCUUUCCUAUCUUUUACCAUUGAUAUAAACAACCCCGCCCUUAUCUAUCUUGGGCGCCUAUUGAAGUCUCUUUGCUCCACACACCUUAUUGUUUCUCGUUGUCGAAUCUUUCAAUGCCAUCGUCUGCUGAGUCCAAUUCGAACUGGGAUUUCACUGCGGUGAUAAACCUUCUUCGCACGCCUACCUACGGCGGCGGCAGCUCAUAUGCACCUUAUCGCCACCGUGAUUCUCUCCCAGCUUCCCAUUCUACCGAGGUAGCAAAUCAGGAUGAUCCCACUUCCAAAAGCUCCCAGCAACCUCAACUGAGCUUGGGGGUUCAGUCUCCAAGGCUUGGUGAUUUUGGGUCACUGUGGGAUUACUUGGGGGAUGCCAGCAAUCUGUCGUCCGAUACAGACAUUGAACCUCAAGCUCAAGGCCUGUCCCCAUCCUCGCCACCGAACCUUCCGAUCGAAAUACUUCAACAACAUUCGUCAAGGAAGUUGGUAGUGAAGAAUACCGACCAAGAACCUCCUCGGACACCACCCAAACCUAUUCCUAGCUCUGGGAUUGCCAGAGCACGCAAAGUGCAAGCCAAGGUUAUUGCUGAAACAUGCAAGGCUAGCCUCAACAAUGCAUCAGCCAAAGCUACUCACGACCUAAGCUCAAGUGAGAGCAGCCAGGGUGCAGAUUCGGACGGCAGUUUGAGUGUCUUCGAUCCUCCCCUCACUACAAAAAAAGGAAUCCUUUCUUUGGUUCCUCCGCAAGUGGGUGCAGCGAGUACUUCUGUCGACCCAUACGAUACCCCACCAUCCUCAUACGAUGAGACGGUGGAGCCUUUGGCUUCGAAAGUUGCCAAGUGCCCGCCUAACCCCGACCCUUUGAGUAUCCAGUCUAUUACCUACAAGUCGGCCACGGAGCGGAGAAUUGGUCUCUUGACCAAACUGUUGAAAAACUUCCCGGACUAUGCAAAUAUCGUUGCCCAGGCGAAUCGUCCUGUGGUCAGUAAGAAGGACAAGAAUCCAUGCCGUCCUAUUCACGUCUUCGUGGAUAUGUCUAAUAUUAUGGUUGGCUAUCACGAUACCAUGAAGCUGUCUCGGAAUAUUCCUGUGAAGACGCGCAUUCGCCGGUUGCCAUUGUCCUUCCAAAACUUUUCUUUGAUCCUAGAACGCGGGCGGCCCACUGCCAAGCGAGUCUUGGUUGGGUCUGACCGGUUUGCUGCCAUCCGUGAAGGUGAACAGCUUGGCUACGAAACCAACAUCCUUAAUCGUGUGCACAAGGUUAAGCACAUGACCGCCCGUCAGUUGAAGUUUCGAAAGAAUCUUCGGACGGGUUCCCACGACCCCGGUAGUGGUUCUGAAACGAACGAGGGACCGGAGGAGCGUUGGGUUGAGCAGGGUGUGGACGAAAUUCUACAUCUGAAGAUUUUGGAGAGUCUGCUUGAUACAGACGAACCCGCCACCAUUGUUCUUGCCACGGGCGACGCGGCGGAAGCCGAGUUCUCGGGUGGGUUCAUGAAAAUGGUGGAAAGAGCACUGCGACGCGGGUGGACCGUGGAGUUGGUCAGUUUUACUCCCGUUACUAGUUAUGCUUAUCGCCGGAAGGACUUUCGCGCGAAAUGGGGAAGUCAGUUCCGGAUUAUAGCGUUGGAUGACUACCUUGAGGAGCUACUUGGCCUGUGAUAAUUCAAUUGUCUCUUCUCUCCCUUGCCUCACUGUAUGAAACUUAUGAAUUUGUGCAAAAUCAUAGCUCAAAAUUCAAUGUAGUCGUCAGAUGUAAAGCCCUGAUAAAUAUAGAUUGACAGUCAGCAGCC